GCAAGAGAAAAGGAAAAAUUAAUUUUCCUGUGCUCGUUGGAGCAUCAGUCAGUGGUGUGAUAACCAAUUUGAUAGGAGAUCAGAGAUCAUCAGAAAGAAAAGAGGAGGUAUAUCGGAGAAAUGGGAAGGGCCCCAUGUUGCUCCAAGGUAGGGUUGCAUAGAGGACCAUGGACUCCUAGAGAAGACACAUUGCUUAUAAAGUAUAUUGAAGCUCGUGGAGAAGGAAACUGGAGGUCUUUGCCCAAAAAAGCUGGUCUCCUCAGAUGUGGAAAGAGCUGUAGACUAAGAUGGAUGAACUAUCUAAGGCCAGACAUCAAGAGAGGGAACAUCACUUCUGAUGAAGAAGAUCUUAUAAUCAGAAUGCAUGCCCUGCUUGGCAACCGAUGGUCUCUCAUCGCUGGAAGACUUCCAGGCCGAACUGAUAAUGAGAUCAAGAAUCAUUGGAACACCCAUCUCAGCAAGAGACUUAGAAGCCAAGGAACUGAUCCGAAUACCCACAAAAAAUUGGCAGAGCCAGUUCAACAAGAAGGAAAUAAGAGAAAAAGUAACAAGGGCACCUCCAACAACAAGAAACGCAAGAAAAGCAAAGUCAAAGUAGAGUCAUUAAAGCCCAAAAUCCAUCUCCCCAAGCCUGUUAGGUUUUCUUCUUUAGCUUUACCAAGAAACGACAGUUUUGAAUGCAAUACAAGUCUCUCUUCAAGCACAGGAGCAGAUGGGGGUUUAAGUGCAGAUGCUGUCGUAGACAAUUCUUGGUGUAAUUUCAAGGAUGGUGAUGAUGGGAUUAGCUUUCUUGUUGGUGAUGUUGAACAUGAUAUUGUUAACGGCACAGAUAUCGAAUGCCAGACUCUUUUACCUACAGAAAACCAUCUAGAGAAGCUCUAUGACGAGUAUCUGCAGCUCCUGAAGACGGAUGAUGAUCAAGUAAAAUUAGACUCUUUUGCAGAAUCAUUGUUGCUAUGACAGUCACAUACGGCGAGCUGUUAAUGAGACUUUAGAAAUAGAAUAAUUGAAUAUACAAUAAUUUUAUCAUAGUUAUUGAUUUUAAGGAAUCUCAUGUAUAUUCUAUCGUAAUCAAUAACUAAGAUCUAUUAAUUAAUAA